GAUGAAACUGUCAACUUGUUUUAUUUUUCUAUUUUUAAUUUGUAUUUUAUUUGAUUUAAAUUAUUGUCGGAAAUCUAACAAAAACAAGCGUGGAAAAAAUGGCAAAAACCAAAAGACACCUAAAUGUGAAACACUGAUGUGUAAGAAUUUUUGUAAAAGAGGAAUUACAGCAGGAGGAAUUGAAAAAAUAAAGCAAACUCGAGGUGGAAAUAAGGUAAAAGAUAUCUACUGUUUGAAGGUUCAUAUGUAUCUUAUAGAGAUCGAGAUUUUUGAAAAGCCUGGACCUGUUCCUGGACGCUGGAGUUGA